UUUUCACAUGCUUUUCAUGUUUUUUCUUUUUCAAAAGGAAAGCAAGAUUUAACAAGACAUUUUGUUUUCUCUUUUGUCUUCACUUUUCACCCUCUUUCCCCCCCUCUUUGAUAAAAAAAAAGAAGACCUCAUCGCUGGUACUUCCUACCUUAGUCAUCCCGUCCGUCCUUAUGCGAACAGAUUCUCCUUCCAUCUCUCAAUUGCAACCUCAUGGUCCACCACAAAACGGCUACAGUGAUAUGAACAAUAGUUUGUUUUCGGAUGCAGAGCAGAAACAGCUUCAAACGUUUUUGGAUGGCCUGGAUAAAGACGACGACAUGGAUUCUCCACCCAACAACGAAGCUUUUCGACGUCCCUCUCGUCCUCCAAGUGAGUCAACUCAUUUCCACCGACGCAAAUAUACAUGGGCUUUUUUGAACCAGUCCGUGUUGUUAGAUUCGCCUACCCCUGUUUUGCUAUCAUCUCCUUUCAAUCAAAAUGCCACUUACAGUCAACAGCAAAUUCGUCCAUUACCUGUCACGGAUCAUACCCAUUCAAAAAAGAGACGAACGGGGAGUGACAAAUCAAAGCAAGAUCAGCGGAAAUAUCGAGGCAUUGAAACCGAUGACAACAGCUCACGUCCUCGUAAACUGUCAGGAUCAAGUUCGACCUCGUCGGCGACCGAUCAUUCACGGAAUACCAAAGAAGACUCCGCCGUCGCCUCGCGACCAGGGCGAGGGCGUAAACCACCGCAUGAAUUACUGACGGAAGAGCAAAAAAAAGCGAAUCAUAUUGCAUCCGAACAAAAACGGCGUGCUAAUAUCCGGAUCGGGUUUGAUCAGCUUGUGGAUAUUGUUCCAUCGCUGAGUCAUUGUCAUCGCAGCGAAUCUUUGAUUUUGCAAAAAUGUAAGUGAUUUGUCAUUACCUAAUCAGCAAAACUGUCUUAACGGUAGGGUUGCACCGCAGCGGCCGACUAUAUACGGCAACUCGUCGAUACCAAAAAUACCUUGCGAGAACGCGUCAGAGAACUUCAAACCGUUCUCGGA